AUGUCAAGUGGUGUUACGCGACGUAGUCGUAGACUUCAGGAGAAAAACAAGGUGCAGUUGAAUAAAUCAUGGAUUACUGCGACUCGAGCAUCUCGAUUGCAAAUUACAGAAGUUGUUCAAUAUAUGGCCGAGAAAGAUACUGCUACUUCUUCCAGAAAGAAUAAGAAAAAACGAAAGGGAAAUAUUUCCACUUGUGAAGAUCAAUCACAAAAUACCACGGCAAAGCAAAUGGUGAAAAGUAAGAGCAGCAAACAGGAUGAAAAAUUGAAAAAUAAAAUUGAUACUAAAAAAGCAAAACGAAAACGAUGGUCUCCAGAGAAGUUGGCAGAUAGAACUAGAGAGAUAGAUGAUUCUGCGCCAAAAAAGAAGCGAAAUAAAAAAGAUAAAAAGUGUGAAGAACCGAGUAGCUUAUCAUAUAAUGGUAAUAGUACUAGUUGUUCGGAUGAUGAAUGGGAAGAUGUUGAUGAGUUCGAUUUUUGUAACAAUGCUUCACUACCAACUGCUUCUAUCGAAGUAACAAUCAAGAAACCAAAGGUGAAAGCAAAACCAAUGGAAACCGUAGGAACCCGAAGAGCACGUUAUAUUAAGCAACAUGUCAAUCAAAAACUUCGUGAAAGACAAACUAAUUGCCACAAGAUGCACUUGCUUUGUUACAUUGCACAUUUGCGUAUGUGGGUAUGCACAUUGCUGCGUGAACAAGAUUUGGUGUCAAUGUGCUUAUCAGUAAUACCCGAACAACUUGUCGUGGCAGCGUGUUCUGAUUUUAACAUUGCAGUAGCAGAAAGAUUUCUUCAUUGGUUCAAGACAACAUAUCAAUUGGCCGGGAAAAUUUAUGUGGCUAAGGAUGGCUUCAGUGAUGCUCAGUUUCAUCGGCUGAAAGAAUUAAUUGCUGGGCAGUUCUAUGAAACCGAUAAGGAUUUAGCAUCUCUUUUGUUUUUGAGUCUUAUUGCUCUGAAACAAACAGCUCGCAUUUGUUUAUCCUGCCAGCCAAUGCCGUUCAAACUGACAAUGCGACAACGAUCUUUCGAAGCGGUUGAAUCUCUUAUCAGUUAUUAUGGAUCAAGAAAGCUUACAGCUAAUGACUAUAUGGAAUGGCCAAAAAAAUUGGAAGAGACAGUUGAGAAAAUUGUACUCUUUGACAACGAAAAUCCGAAUGGAAAUGAUAGUACUUCAGUUGGCAAGAUGCGUCUAAAAAGGGAUUACUGGACGGAAUUUUGGGAUGAGAGCUCACGUUGCUGGAUAUGUUUGGAUCCAUGGACGGGAUCGGUUAAUAAGCCAGAGACAAUGGAAGCUGAUGCUACUUCACCUAUGCAUUACGUCCUUUGUAUUGAUAACGAAUAUGGAAUACGUGAUGUAACAGCACGUUAUGCUUCCAAAUAUCUGACGCCUGCAAUUCGACGAUUGUGGGUGAAUCAAGAUUGGUGGAAUGAUACACUAGCGCUUUAUCGGAAUAGAAACGUAAUGCGUGGGCAACUCGAAGAUGUUGCAAUCCAACAAUAUCUCUUCGAUAAACCAAAACCUUCAACUGUAUCGGAGUACAAAAAUCACCCGUUAUAUGUGUUGGAGAAAGAUUUAUCCAAAUAUGAAACAAUAUAUCCAGAAAAUCAACAACCCGUAGGGAAAAUCAAAGAUUUCAAUAUCUAUCUACGAAGUUCAGUUCAUAGACUUGAUGGUGUAAUAAACUGGAUGAAGCAACUUCGGUCGAUUAAACCUAAUGAAAAGCCAUACAAAGUUGUACAAAAAAGAUCCUGUAAUCGUGCCUCAUCGGAGUACGGUGGACCGAAAACUGUUGAUUUGUACGGCCGAUGGCAAACGAUACCAUACGUCACUCCGAAAAUUGUUGAUGGUCGUGUGCCUCGCAAUGAAUUUGGCAAUCUAUAUGUUUACAACAGCAGUAUGGUACCAGACGGUUGUGUUCAUUUGCAGCUGAAUGGAUUGGUAGCUAUAGCUCGUCAGCUUGGCAUUGAUUGCGUUCCAGCAGUUGUAGGAUGGAAUCACUGUAGAGGGGGUACUCAUCCCAUUUUCAGUCUCGACGGAUGUGUAAUUUUGAAAGAGCGUGAGGAUGAACUUCGAGAAGCCUGGUUUAAACAAAAUGAAAAAAAGAAAAUAGCUGCUAAAUUGAAGCACACACAACGAGCUAUAAAAAACUGGCAGAGAUUGGUGAAGGGACUGCUAACAUUGAAGAAAAUUCGUGCUAGAUUCUCUUCCAAGGGUCUCCCUUUGUUGCAUGUUGACGAAAAGCUAGAAAAUGAUGAAAAAGUUGAGAACUCAAUAGUUACAACUAAUGAUACAGAAGCACUUGCCUGGCCGCAAACUGAAUACAUCUUACCCUUUGUCAAUUCGAAAUCAUAG